CCAGCCAUAAUUUCUCUUGCGCCCUAUAAUGCCCGACUGUUUCGCCUCCAAGGCUAGAGAAGUCAGCGCAAGAACAAAAAAACAUCCCAGCCACUAUGAUGCGCUUCAUAUUCACGGCCAGUGCCGUCAUCACCGGCGGCUCAGCCGUAUACUUCUACCUUUUUCACCAAAGGCUGUCAUCGCGCAUCCAACACAAGUCGCACAGCGGAAAGCUAUCGGCACCAUCUCCGAAACCGAUACAGAUCGAGUCGGUCCCGGAGGAUAUUUUUACGGAUCAAUAUUUUGCGCUUUACGAUCAUUCAUCAAAGUCUGUCGCGCGCGACGCGUUGCCCAAGAAUGUUCCUACGGAGCAACUUUUCACCAAGCUAGUCCGCCGCAAUAUGGUGGCUUUCACACGAUUCCCUCAAGCUCUGAUGAUCCGACUUAUGAGCAGAGCUCCAGAGGAGCAGCGAAGCUUCAAGGCGUCCCACCUCUCUUCUCUGGAUUUCACACAAGGAGAUCUUGUAUGUGGCGUGUAUCGCGUGAUCGCGCGUUCCGAGAACAAGGUGGAAUUCGAGAUUACGAUGAAGAGCAUGGAAUUCAUUAACGGUCGCCUAGCUCUGAGCUUUUGCGAAACAGAGAAUGAGGUGGUUUUUUCCAGCGAGACUUUGAUGUGGAGACGGUCCGAUGAGACGCAGGCUAUGCCACUGGAGAAGCCGUUACUGCGCUGGAUGCAUGAGACGGCUGCUUGGUGGUUACUGGACUCCGGUGUAAAGUACUUAAUGGAGUUGGAAAGCUAAGGUGCCUUGAUAUAAAUAUCGUUUCUUUGAACCUUGAAAGCGUGUGUAUUUCCUUUGUCGCAGUCUGACUGUCUACGGCGGCUUUGCCAUCAGUACUUGAGAAUGACUGGAUCUGCUCAAGCUAUUAUUAGAAUCACUCCUCUUGUACUCCCAUACAAUGCUAUAGUAUUUCCAUUAUCUGCACUGUUUAGUGAGUUCUUGCAAGUUCAUUGUGAGGUUUGAAUCAAAGGCCUUGAAGAGUUUGACUGAAAGGCUUCAUUGCUAACAAUUUAAAGCAACUCUUUGUUCUUUGUUCUGAAAUUUGCUGCAAAUGGCUUUAUGUCCUCCUUUCAAAGAUUUACUUGUUCUCUU